AUGGAUUCAGAGUCAGAGUCAAAGCUCAUAUCAUUCAUUUCUCAAUUAGUGUCUCGCAACAAUACGGACUCGGAGAACAUAUCAUGCAUGAUACAAACAAUCUCUCUGGUCAGCUCAAUGGAUUUGAAGUCGCAGCCGAAGCCGGAGUCGAAGCUCAUGUCGCUCGUUACUCAAACAAUCUCUCUCUUCAACUCCAUGGAUUUGAGUUCCCAACCCGAGCCACUGAGGAAGCUCAUAUCACUCAUUAUUGAAAAACUGUCUCACCUCAACUCGGUAGAUUCCGAUUAUGAGCCAAAGCCAGACUCAGAGUUCAUGUCAACCUUUUAUGAAACAUACAAGCUCCAGCCGAGGCCAGAGAUCAUAUCAAUCAUCCAUCAAAUAUACUCCCUCUUUAUCUCCACAGACACAAAUAAAGUAAUCACUCUCGUACGCUCUCUUGAUUUGGAUUAUUCAGAGCCGGAGCCAGAGUCGGAGUUCAUUUCAGUGGUAGCAGUCGUUAAGCAAAUAAUGUCUUUUGCCAACUCUAUAUCAAAUUCAGAACCAGAGUGGCAGUUCAUAUCAAGCAUGACUGAAAUGAUCCGUCUCAUUAGCUCUAUAGAUCUAGAACCAGAGUGGGAGCCACCAAUGCAGCUAGUGGCACUCUUUACACACACGUUUUCUCUUCUCUACUAUUUGGAUCGAGAUUCAGAGCUGUAUACACUCAUUGCUCAAAUAAUUUUUAUCAUUGAUUAUACCGAUUCGGAGCCGGAGUCGGAAUGGGGGCUAGAUCAGCUUAUGUCCUUGUCCCCUCAAUGGAAAGUACAACUUGUACAAGGAAAAUUUCAUGUAACGGGAAAAAUCGAGCGGAAGAACAAAGAAAAGGGGAAAUGUCAACCCGAAAACCGGCAUAGACUCUACUUAGCGAAAGGAGAGGAGGCUUCCCACUUUAUUUGCAAAGAUUGCAACGGCGAGGACCAUAUAGAAUGUGAAAAGACACCAGUUGAGGUAAAACACCUUCUACAUCCAAAGCAUUCUCUUCAGCUUGUCUCACAGAAGUCGUCGAUAAUUCAAACCAGAAAAUGCUUUUGUUGUGAUGAAGAUCUCAAAAAGAUAUUCUAUUAUUGCACGGGUUGCGAUUAUGAUAUGAACAUAGCUUGUGCAGAGAAGCCACCAGUCUUAUUUAUAGACCGUCCCAAGUGGCAUGCAGAUACACUUGCUCUGUUUCAAAGACAAGCUUUCUUAACCUGCAAUGUAUGUGCCGUGGCCGAUUCCAGCUCCCCUAUCUAUAUGUGUCCCCCUUGUGAUUUUGUGGUCCAUCAAAGAUGUACCGGCUUACCACGUGUCAUAAGGAUAUCUCGCCAUCGCCAUCGUAUCUCUUUCACCACUUCUUUUGACGAAGGAGAUUGGUCUUGUGGUGUUUGUCGGAGAAAAAUUGACAAUGAUUAUGGGGGUUUUUCUUGUAUCAAGGACGGUUGUUCGUAUGCAGCACAUUCAAGAUGUGCCACACAAAAAAAUGUGUGGGAUGGCAUAGAUCUUGAGGGAGUGCCAGAAGAGAUUGAAGAAGAAGAAGUUGAGCCGUUUGUGACAAUAAGCAAAGGAGUAAUACACCAUUUUAGUCAUCAGAAUCAUCAUUUGAGGCUUGAUGAGAACAGAGACAGAAUCUACGACGAGAACAAGCUAUGUCAAGCAUGCAUCAUGCCCAUCUAUUUCGGUAACUUCUUCUCAUGUAUGCAAUGUGAUUAUAUUCUCCAAUGAAGAAUGUGCAAAUCUUUCUCGCAAAACAUAUAACCCAAUACAUCCACAUUUGCUCUCUCUAAUGGGAGGAAAUGAUGAUGUUAGGAAGUACGAGGAUAAGUGUUCAGCUUGUCCUUGGCCGUGCAUAGCUGGUUUCUCCUAUGAGUGUCGUAAAGAAGGAUGUUCUUUUAAGCUACAUGUGCAGUGCGCCACGAUUUCUGAGCCAUUAGUCCAUGGAAGUCAUAUUCAUCCUUUAUUCCUGACAUCUAAACCAGGAGAGCAAAGAUCAUGUUCCGUUUGCAAAGAUUCAAGGUUUGAAUUAACAAAUGAAACAUUCAAUUGCAUUGAAUGUGAAUUUGCUUUGUGUUUUGGAUGUGCUACUUUACCUCAAAAGGUGAGGUAUAAGCAUGAUAAGCAUAUUCUCACUCUUUCUUAUGGAAAGGAGACAAGUACCAUGACAUAUUGGUGUGAAGUCUGCGAGGAGAAAGUAAAUCCGAAAGACCGGUUUUAUAUGUGUGAUGAUUACUGUUGUGUUACCCUACACAUUAGAUGUCUGAUUGGAAAGGACCUAUACAUGAAGCCUGGUGCAUUGUGUUUCUCCAAUGACGGAAAAGAGCUGCGUGUUCUACCAAACAAUCAUAUGUCUCGACCAUUUUGCCCAGGUUGUAGGAAGCGUUGUCCAUACAAAAUAUUUAUGGUGUAUACUCGAUUAAUAUUUUGUUCCAUAUCUUGUAUUCGUGA